ACUGGAGCCGAGCGUCAUUUCAGCCUCGGCGGCGCUGCAGACAUGGCGACGACGCUGACAGCCGUCCAGCCGCUCACUUUGGACCGAGGUAAGCGCGCCGCCGCCUUAGGUCCGCCCCGCCAUGCUCGCGGGGGGGGGGGGGCUCCGAGGAUGCCUUGUCCGUCCGGGGCCAUUGGAGCCCCAUUGCUGCUGUUUCCACGAAAGGGUCCUGGGAACCGAGCCAUCCUUGAGAGGCUGCCUCGCUUGUCCGCUGCUGCCUUUUGGCCGAAGGAGCCGAGAGCAGGCGGGCAAGUGCGCCAAGUAGGGAGCCGUGACCUGCCGCUGCCGCCGCAGUGACCUCUCGCUGGAAUCCUGCGCCGGAGUCAAGCGUCCGGCUUUUGCCGGGCGGGAAAGGGCAGCCGCGAGCCUGGGAGAAGGGCGCCGGCAGCCGAGCUGCUGGGAUCAGCUGGGGCUUCCGAUGAGCGCGGAGGGAGACUCGAGGCAGCGAGCGAAUGGGGCUCGGGGUGGGAGGAUGAAAAAGAGGGAAACUUUGUGUGAGCUUCUGCGCCAGUUUGGGAAGACUGGGGAGCCGGAUUGCCCCAGGUCAUCAGGAUCCCGUUGCCUGGAGAUCAGGGACUCGCGGGUGUACCCACCUGCACCAAAAUGGCAGGUUUCUUAGGAAGAGCCCUGUCGCCAGAAAGAAAUGCAAAAGCCCACAGUCCAGAACAGCAAUCGGUGUGGAGGAGAUUCGCAACUCCACACUUAAGCAUGGAUUGGAAAUGCAUUGGGAGGGGGAAGCUACUCAUUUGUCACAGUUUGGCCGCACAAGGAUUACUAAUGUGGUUUGGAGUAAUCAGUCUUCAUUGCUGUUUACUUAUUUCGCUGCAUAGCAUGGCCGGGAGCUGAUUUCUCCUUGCAGUGUACUGAUGUAUCCACAGCAGUGGUAGAGGAACUGUGGAUUACUUUUCGGGGGCUCUUUUCGCCCAUCCUCACGUCCUCCAUCAAGCAUCUGCUAGAAAAAUAAGCCCUCGCAGGGUGAGAAAAGGCUUGCACGUGUACAGAACCAGAAUCAAAGCUGAUUUGAAAGCUCUUGUGCUUCUGAUCCCAGUCUGUAUUGCAUUGUGCUGCAAUGGUGAAGCUUCUGGUGCCAAUUGGCUGAGCUGGUGUGAUGCCAUGGAAUAGCUAAAUCCGUUCCCAAACUGUCAGAAUGUUUGCAGUCUGGUUCCUGUGAGAAAACAGAAAGCUGGCAGUUCGGCUGAAAUUCAACCCUAAUAGAGACCUUAGGAAAGGAAGAGCAUGCCAAAAAGCAGGGGGCAGGAAUCUGAAACCCUCCUGAUGUUGCUGUGCUACAACUCCCUUCAAUCCCUGAUGAUCACUUUAGCCCGGGGAAGAUUGGAGUUGAAUUCCAGUAAUACCUGGAGGGCCACAGGUUCCCCAACCCUGUACUGAGAAAUGGAAAACUCACUUGGAGAAGACCCCCAAGAUAUGUAAAAUGAGGAGCGGAGAGCCCAGAGUCGAGGAAAGGGCAGGUAGAGGAGACAGCCCUGGGAUGGGGGGAAGUAUUGGGGACUAGAAACUAUUUGGGACUGGAGACUAUUGUGGAGAUAGGGCUGCCAGAUCUAUAGCCUUAGAGAGACUAUACCUUUAAGAAUUUCAUAUAAGGGGGAAUUUUUUAUUUUGGUUUAAGUUAGUUAAACUAACCACUUGAUUCCUUCCCUGUAGGCUUUUAAUUUGAUACCACUGAUGUUUGUAGUGGGAGCAUGGUAUAUCACUAAAGACAGCUAAUUGUCUGGUUGUUAGUCAAAUUUCUCCCCCACCUUUCCUUCAAAGAAGAAUAUUCUUCUUCUUCUUCAUUGUAUUGAGAAUAACCCUGUAAGGUGGGCUAAACUGAGAGAUAGUGACGGGCCCAGGCUCACUCACUGAGCUUAAUGACUGAGUGGGGAUUUGAAUAUCCUUCCAGUCUAAUAACCACUAUACCACACUUUUCCCAUUUAGCAUCUGUUACGUUAUCACUGUCAUCCUUGAUGCUGCAACUGAGGAAUACUGUUGCACUCUUCACUGCUAUAAUUAGGUUAUAAGGCAGAAUUACUGAAGAUGUAUUUAUUUUUAAAACUUAACAAAAUAAAUGAAGUUUUGUAUUGUAAACCUACUGUUAAAAGGUAAAGGGACCCCUGAACAUUAGGUCCAGUCAUGACCGACUCUGGGGUUGCGGCGCUCAUCUCGCUUUAUUGGCUGAGGGAGCCGGUGUACAGCUUCCGGGUCAUGUGGCCAGCAUGACUAAGCCGCUUCUGGCGAACCAGAGCAGCGCACGGAAACGCUGCUUACCUUCCCGCCGGAGCGGUACCUAUUUAUCUACUUGCACUUUGAAAUGCUUUCAAACUGCUAGGUUGGCAGGAGCAGGGACCAAGCAAUGGGAGCUCACACCAUUGCGGGGAUUCGAACCGCCGACCUUCUGAUCGGCAAGUCCUAGGCUCUGUGGUUUAACCCACAGCGCCACCGGCGUCCCAACCUACUGUUACACUGGGGAUAAAAAAAUGGUCAAAUGAUAAAAUCUUUUAAAUACUUUAAAAGAUUGACAUAGUUCCUAAUAGGCAUUUGGCCUAUUGUGCUUACUUGAAAUAUAGAGGUAUUGUGCUUACCUGAAACAGGUAAGAAUAAUAAUUUGCUUUCUUAUUUGCUGUUUAACACUACUUAUUUGUGCAUUCUACUGAAUUAAAUCAAAUAAAUUCCAUCCACAUGGUUUCAGAGUCUUUAAAGCAUUUCAUUUUUUUUAAUCUUGAUCUGUAUGGAUUAAGCUUCCUAAAGAAUUUUAAAGUCUUGUACUUGAUUUGGGAAUGAUUAAAGCCAGUGUCUUCAUGCUCUGUAGAGGAUUACAACAGGCUCUUAAAAACAAGACAGAGAGAUUCCUGCUGUACAUUCAAUGUAAAAAAGAAAUGUUCAGUCUCCAUUUAAAAUUUAGACAGUCUUUACUUUGUUGGAUUCUGAUGAAGAGCAGAGGAAUUUAUAAUAUGAUGUCCACAAGUGCAUUGCUUAAAAUUGAUUUCUGAAAUGUGUGGUUUAUGGCACACAAAUCAAACAAAGGAAAGCUUAGAUAAAGUGUUAGAUAAAUAAAAGGGAGAGCAUUGGUUAGGAGGAAGAAUGUGUGUUUUCUUCUUUUUAAAAGCUCAGUGUGUAAUCUGCAGCUCCACCUCUGUGGUGACCACAUUAAGCAGGAUAAAUAUUUCCUGGCAAAAGGCUGAACAGAUGGCAAUCCAUUAGGAAGCACAGCUUUUCAAAGGAAAGUAUCACACAACCAUGACCCUUAUUUAUUUUUAAAGGCUAGCCAACUUUAGUUAGAUUUAAUUACACUUCUGUCUUUUUACAUGUAGGUUGCAGGUGGAACUUACAUAAGAGUGUAUAGAAAAGGUACAGAAAUGCCCUUGCUUGGGGUCCCAGUUGGCAAGGCAAGUUAUACAUAAAACAAUGAAAAUAUUGUUUGGAGGUGGGAGGUAGUAUCACCAGUUACAUAAAUCUGAGAACAUACUUGAAAACUCUCACUAUUAAUAAACUUCAACAUGAUAGCUGUAUAGGUGAGUCAAAAUUUAAUUAAUACUGAUGUUUUACUAAAACAGUCUGAACUUUCCAAUGUUUUGAAUUUUGCAAAUGAAAAUGACAUUAAAUAACAUUUAGUAGCAGUGAUGAUCUGCAUGUUUACAUAAAUGCAUAAACAGGCCCUAGUGUUGCCAUGCUAAUAUUCACAGUUUUGACAUUGUAACAUACAGUGUUACGUAGGGUAAAUAGUAGUUCCCAGACAAACAGCAAGGAAAUAACAAGGUAGAGGCAUGCUUCUUAGAUUUAUACUAUCCAUUCAUAUGAAGUAUAAAAAACAACAACAUUAGCUGCAUUAGUAGUAAGGGUGACAACUUUGGCAAGCCUUCACCUCAGAAAAAAUGCCUACUAAAUGCUGAUGUGGAGGGGAACCAAAAUUGUUUUCUUUCCAGCAUUUAAGGUGACAGGGAUGGGGAACUUCUGGUCCUCUGGACGUUGCUGGACUUCAAUUCCCAUCAUUCCUAAUGAUUGGCCAUGAUGGUUGGAACUGAUGGGUGUUGGAAUCCAACAAUGUAUGAGGGAGCAGCCACAGAUUCCUCAUCACAAUAAUAGAGUAAAAAAGUGCAGCCACAUGUUGGAUAUGACUGCUUCUGCUACACAGGUGUCCGUCCAGUAUCUUUCAAGUACUGGAGUCCUGCAAAAAUACCAGAUAUACCGCUGGUCCACAUAGCACAGGAUAGAGAGGAGACAAGUGAGCAACUGAGAAAAGGUUCUAGUACCAAGGUGCUCUCCUUCCCAUUCUUCAUGCUUCAGCCCAGUUCUCAACUCUACCACUGGGUGUGCAUUUAUCCUGCAUUCCAACUGAUGUCUUCCGAUCCUGCCUUCAGAUCGUAAUAAUUACACUGGCUGAAACACAGUCACUCUGCCAUUGUAACCUGUAGCUACUACCAGGUAAGCAUGUACAAGAUUGCAGUCUCAAUUGCCUGUGGCAGAGUAAAUCCCAUUGAAAUCAAUGGGGCUAACUUUGGGGCAGCCAGAUAAUGCAUAGAAUUUCUCUGUUAGUUGCAACUCUGUCCUCUGCUAAUUAGAGUAUAGGAGUGCAGACAGUGUAAAAUAUUACCAGUCACUAAAGAAGAUUCCUUUUUCUUGUACUAUAGCAAGAUAAAAUCAUGCCUUAUUUUUUCAUGAACGCAAGAGUGACAAUUAGAUACAAAUCCUAUACAAAACAUCGUAAAGCAAUUCAAACCUAAAAAGCCUCCCCCCCAACUGCUGUAAAUCCCUGAAUGCUAAUUUAAUGGUGGUAGAUUACUUGAAUCUCAAACACAGGAAUUACUUUCUUUAAUUUCUGCCAGCAUAUGUCUUCUCUACCUGCAAAACUGUCUUGCACAACUUCUCUGUUGCGUAGAAUACAUUUCCGAAAUAAUGAAAAAAUUUAAUCACUUUAUAGUUUAAUCUCACAGGCAUUGCCAUUUAGCUUGCAUGGAGCUGUUCUGGCAGAACAAGGAACGUGCUGCAGUGCAACUAACCAGGAGAUUGAAUUGCAGAUGUUCCAGGGUUUAAGGGAUUUGGGAGGCAAAAGAUCAUGUGGCACAUAGUGGGUAAGGCUGAAUGGUGGAGCAUAGUAAGGGAGAAACUGAGAAUGGAGAGAGGCAUAGCAGAGUGAAAGGAGAGAAGUGAAACAUAUAAUUAGCCACUAGCCACUGCCAGUAAAUUCAUUAAGUGCCAAUACAUGAUGAAUUCAUUAUGAGAGGCAAAAUUUAGUAUCCUAAAAUGUACAUAUGGGCACUACUGAUUUGAAAACGCCCGUUGAGUGUUUGGUAGUUGGCUGAACCUAGUAUGAAAUAUAUUGAGACCUUUCAGGAGAACAAUUAAGUAGGCCAGUUUUUCAGGCAAAUCUGAAGGCAGUUAAUGUAGAGAGCAAGGUAAUAAUCUCAGAACUGCAACACCCAAAAGGACAUGAAACAGUUGUUGAUAUGUGGUGAGCGGAGUGGUGGGGGGAAGAGGAGGCAAAGAGAAAGGAUGACUACCUGAAUCUUAACAGCCUCAUAUGUAGGCUUGCUCCCUAAGGUGAUAUUAUGCUUCUGAGGUUGGAGAUAGACUUUUAUCAGCAGUUAGAUGAGGGCUGUGAUGAAGGUACCAAGGGAUCCUUCUGUGCCAGGAGAGGCUGUUGAAUAGCUUUGCAGUUGUUGUCUGCAUUGGUUGCUGAAAGGAGGGAGAGAGGCUAAUGCAGGUGGAAUAGAGGCAGAUUGCAUAUGUUCCUUCAGUAAUAAUAUAUGAAUCGACUUUUAAAUUAUCUAGAUGAAACAUCCAAUAUCGCAUUAUGGAUGGCUUGGGACAGCACCCUAUAUAUAGCCUGCUACUUUCAGCAAAUUGCAGACCUGAUCUUUUCCUUACUUGCAUUAAGACAUCAUUAAUGUCCCUUUGAUACAUAGAACGUACAGUUCCUCUUGUUGCCACAGAUACACAUGCCGCUACGUUGUCCAUUAAUCUUUCAUCAAAGCUGCUAGCUGUAAACAAGGCAAAUGGGAGACUGAGGUGGGUUUACUCUAAAUCCACCCAGAAAUUAAUACAUAGGAGUAUGGCAUCAAAAUAAUGCAAACUUGUUGGCAAUGAUUCAUCUUGCUCUCAAAUCUGUCCUAAGAUAUUUGAAAGGCUUUUCACUACAAAGUUCGCAAAGCUCAACCUCAUUUUCUUCCUCUGUCUAAAUGCAAAUAACUUGUGAAUGGGCUGGAUAUGUCGAAACAUAGAGAUAAAGAAUAAAGAGAGAGACCUGGAUAGAGUAUAAAAUGAUCCCUGGAUAUGAACAUUCAAAACAGGAUAAUGACAGAAUCCUAUAAUCGCAACCCACAAACUGGAAUAUGGUUUUCAUACUAUAAUUCUUAAUUUUCCCUUUUUUAUUUCCCAUUUCCUCCCUUUUCAUUGGUUAUUUGCUUGCUUUUAAGCCAUGAAUAUUUUUAUUCAAGUACAGACAUGAAUUUAUGGAUUUUUUACUCAGUUUAGGCAAGCAGUAAUUCUGUAGAAAAAGUAUUUAAAUGCUCUGGCCAUUUCAUUGUAUGGAAUAAAAGCAAACUAUAAUGUUGAAUGUCUAAGUCUUGUUUAUUAGAGCAGUGGCCAUGGUGACUCAGACAAGUUGUCUUUGAUCCCCUGGGGUGAACUGCAAUUGCAGGGCGGGGGCAAGCGAGAGAGAAAAGAAUGGAGGCAAGGAAUUACUUACUGGCCAAUUUCAAAUUAAGAGGACAAAACCUGUAGAUUUUUAAAGACAAGUUGAUCUGUCCUCGUGUGCCUGCUGGGUUUACUUUUUGCAGGAGGGUGUAGUUCUGACUGGGGUGGGGGAGGGGGAGGUGCUGGCCUUGCCAGCCAUUAACAGGACUCCAAAGCUUUCAAAUGUUGUGCCAUGCCCACCCACCCCAGCCCAACAAGGAGCAGAUGCCAACCCUCAGCCUUUUUGGUCACAGACCUUCCCAGAGCGGGCUCCAUAUCAAGGACUCUGCACGACAAAGAGAGAUGGGGAAGUGUGAGCCGCCAACCAAUCACAACAGCAAUAGCAAGCACAGGAGACAGUCAACUCAAGGUUUGCCCAGCAAGUACGUAUGCACAAGAACUUCCAAAAAUACUAGGAUAUGAUACAAGUGGUGACACCAACAGAAGAGGAGGGUUUUAUCACAUGGUGGUGGAUGCUCCCUGGGUGGUGGUUAGACUGGCCUUUUUAUACCCUGGGACAGAAGCAAGAGGUGAGCUGGGACAGGGAGCUAUCUGGCUGCCCAACGCCAGCUGCAAACUCCAACAGUGACUGAAGCCAAAGCAGGCACCAGUGUUCUUUUUCCAUAGAAGCCGCAGGAGUCUAGCUCUUCAAUUGUACUUUGAAAUCAAGGGAGACUAGGGGAGAGGGAGCCAGCUGGCUGCUCAGGGCUACCAUCUUGUCUCAUAGAUUCCACUCCUACCAAUGUACCUCACCCAUUUGAUCACAUUGUGGUCACUGUAGUUCAGCUUUGGCUCAAAGACUUUCAGCAAGUGUACCUUCAGCAAGGUAGAUUCUCGAAAAUCCCACACUCUGAAAGAUACUGCCCUUGUGGCACAAAACAGGUCGAAUCCAUCACACGCAUUUUAUUUAAUUGCCUAUUUUAUUCAGGAAUAUAUGAUAAGUAUUUGACCUCCUUACUGAAGAGGAGAUUUAUCGCACAGAUUCUUCCAGUGUGUCUUAUCUGCUGAACGAUUGUAGCAAUGAUAUUGUGGAGAAUGUGGCAAGAUUUUUGAGUGACGCUAUGAAAUUACGUCACCAUAGGUCCUAAGAGCCAUCUUUGUACCUCAUGAUGUCCUGGUAGUUUUAUCCUAAAGUAUCUCCUACUAUGUUUCGUUAACUGUGUUGUGUUCCGAUCCAUGUAUAUCCAUGCACUUUUUAUGCCAAUAAAGGAGAUUGGUUGCAUAAUUUCUCAUCCCAGCAAAGCCAUAGUCUUAUCAGCAUUUAAUCUUCAUUAUAUCACACUCUGUAGAACAGCCAGGAAUCUCUGUCUUGUUCAAUGCAAGUUGAUUUCCAUACUUGUAAAGAAGGACUGUUGGUUUUAAUUAGUGUUGUUCUGAACCCUAUUCUCCAGUAACUCAAAAGUUUUAUUUCAGUGCAAAAGAUGUUUCUAUUUGCCUGGCUCUUUCUCGUGGCAUUUUUUUUUAAAAUUCAGUGAAUGCAGGGUUGAUCUUACCUUAUCAUUGCAUGGGGAUUAAACAUUAAAAUAAAGAUUUAACAUUCAUCCAGUGCUCUUGAACCUUCUGGGCUGCAUGCACAUCUUGAUCUGGAAGAAAAAAACCGAUAGGAGAAUUUACUUCACUAUGCCUUAUUCUGAGCUUUAACUGAGGCACAGGAAGUUAAGGAGGUUGGCUACCAAGCAUCUCAGAUUGACACAGUCACUGAUUUUAUUUUUAAAUUUACACUUUUUAAAAAAUGUAAAAAGACUUCAUGUAGAAAACAACAGCUGUUGGGUUCAUAAUAGGUACCUCUAUCACCUCCCUGUGCUUACAGGGAAGCUCAGCUGAAGGCAUCAUGGGAUUUCCAGGACAAAUGGACACCCAGGAAGGCUGGAGAGAUUAUUUUUGGAACAAAAGAAAGGGCGUUCAAAGGUAGCCCACGCCCACCUUAGCAGCCAGUAAUCACAACAAAACCCCAUGAGACUGUACCUCCCCACCCAUGAGAAUUUCACAAAAAUCUUAUUCCUAUUUCAAAAAAAUUUGCUACAGUUUUUCUCAUCAAAAAUAGAUGGGAGGGGGGAAUAGGAGAGAUUUUUGGCACAGCACUUGUUUUAACGCUUCAUUACAGCUGUUCCCAGGUUUUAGCAUAAUGUGUGUUCUGGUGUGGAUUUGUUGUAUAGCCUGGAUGCUAUACAAACCUCCUGCCACACCAAAAUGCAUACAUGAAUUGGCUCUGUGUCUUCCUGGUAAAUACAUGUGCUCAGUUCUGCUGAUAGUAAGACUGGGGCAAACCUCUGCCUGACCAGUGGAGAGCUGUUGCCAGUCAGAGCAGAGAGGGGACCACAGAAAAAUAUGGGGCAGGGGGAGGGGUCCUCUCACCCAUUUUUUCCAUUUCCCCCCAAUUUUUAAAGAAAUAAAUAAGGGAGGAAAUGGAGCAAAACUGGGUCCCACCUGUUUUUUCCCCUCAAGCCUUCACAUCUCUAGACCAAACAGGAGAAAAUGAUACUGUCUUUAAAGCUGUAGUUUUCCCUUAUCUCAUCAGUCAAUCAAAAUUAAUAAAUCAGGACCAGACCUUCACAUUAUACAUGCAGCUCACAAAAUAGCAAGACAAGGAGGCAGCAAGCAUGCCAGCAAGCAACUUUUUAUCAUGCAAACAUGGGGCACCUGCUGAUAAACAGCUCUUCAUCCCAUUAUUGUGGUCAUUGCAUUUCUGUCCCUCUGGGCAGCGGACAGAAGGUUGAUCUGCUUUGGCAGGUCUUGUCACCAGAAUGAGUGAGGAACUGGGUCAGAGCCAUCAUCUCUUCUCUCCAUUAGUGUUCCCGAAGUUAAGCCAUCUGUGGGCCAUGCAUUAGGUGAUGAGAUCCUUGCAUUCAGCCUAGUGCUCUGCAUUAGGAUCGAAAGAGGACCAUUAUUAAUGCUAAUAGCCUUGAAAGGUACCCAAACCAACCUAGGAAUAACAAAAUGACCAGGUCUGCCAGGUUUAAUCAUGGGAGUUAGGAGGGACCUUGGAGGUCAUUUGAUCCAGUGUUUCCCAAGCCUGGGUCUCCAGCUGUUUUCAAAGCACAUUAUCCCUAGCUAGCAGGACCAGUGGUCAGGGAUGAAGGGAACUGUUUUUGGACUACAGUUUGGGAAAUCCUGAUCUAGUCCAACCCCACUUCAAUGCAAAAUGUACAAAUGCAGGAUGCAACCACAGCACCCCUAGCCGAUGUCCAUUGGACCACUGGUGGUUUGAAUAUCACCAGCAAAGGAGCACCCACCACCUUCUGAGAGGUAAUAUGUUCCACUGUUGAACAAUCCAAUGUAUUCCAUUAUCCUGGUAUUCCAGUCCCCACAAUUGAAUACUCUGCUGCUCUUUUGUUGUUGUUUGAGGGGGUUUUUCCUCUUUUUUUUUUUUUUACUAAGACUGCCAAAAUGAGGGAAAGGUGUAUGUCAAGCAUGUAGGAGCUUGGUGCAUUGUGUCAGCUUGUGUGUUGUGUUGUAAGAUUUGCCCAAGUGGGCUUACCUGAUUAACUAGAUGAUUGACUGUAGGAAAAACUUUCAAAACCCCUUGGGCAAUAUUUGCUCUUUUCCAAUGCCUGCAUGUAUGACUGCCUAGGAUUGCAGCCUAAAGCAAUAGUCAUAUUUUUUUUAAGUCAGUGAAAACGCAGAACUGAACUUGAACAGAUGGGAGGGGGGAUGUGGGGUGGCAAAAUCUCACUGUCCAAUUUGAAAAUUGCAACAUAUGCUCCUUGGUGUAGCUGGAACAGCAGUAAUACAAGUCAAAAUGUGUCCUUCCCUGACCUUUUGCCUUAUUUUUAUCUGUUCAGAUGUUGCCAGAGCAAUUGAACUGCUGGAGAAACUACAAGAAGCUGGAGAAGUACCAGGACACAAGCUGCAGUCACUUAAAAAAGUACUGCAGAGUGAGUUUUGUACAGCUAUCAGAGAGGUAUGGUAAUGAAUCGCUGGCUGUAUUUAUUAAUGGGGAGACUCACAAUGUGCACGAGCCACUGCACAUUAUGCUGUAUUAUGCAAAUAAGUGAAAAUCGUUCUAUUAUGUUUCCAUAAGAGUCAGCGGCAUGUGUCCAGAGUCUUACUGCCUCCAUAAAAAAAAUGAACGUUUGUAAUAACUCAGGAACCUUGUGAGGUCCAAUCAUCUGUGUCGAACAAGAGAGAUCGGGGUCUUAAGGCACACAGCAGAUUCUUAAUAAAUAUGUUCCAUUGGUGUAGUAAUUUCUAUCGCACAUAACAUAAGGAGAACUUUGUGAGGUCAGCUAAUUUAUAAAUCUGCUAUCUGAUUAAAGAAAUAUUUGUUUGAUUUAUGGGCACAAUGCCAUGCAUGGCUACCAGGAAAUGAUGUACACUACGUUCAGUGGCAUUCUCUCACAGGUAGGAGUUUUAAUUAAUCAAUUUAAACCUGCAUAUUUUUUUCCCCUGUGAACAAACAAUAUUUUUUAAAGGAAAAGUCCAGUUUUAUAAAUAGAUUAACAGUAAGCAUCAUCUUAGAAGAGGCAAGUGCCUUCUUUAGUUUUUUUAAAGUACUUAUUUUUCAAAUAAUCAUUUCUAUUUUUUUUUAAUCUUCUGACUAAUUAUUCAGUAGCAUCCUUCCAUGGACAAAUUUUAAAUGGGCUAAUAAACCUUCAACUUACUUAACUAAUUGCAGCCCUGUAGAUUUACCACUUUGUGAUCUGUGGCAGGAAGGAAGGCACUAUGGACAUCUUCACAACAUUGCUGUUACUCAUUAGAAAACCAUUUAUAUUUCCCCUUCUUAAUUCCAUUAACAUGUUCAUGUCAGUUUUACAGGUGUUUGGAAGGAAGAGAGAAAUUGAUCUGCUUCAUAAUUUUUAAUUACAACAAAGCCUAGAGCCACCUAAACAUUAGAUGGUCGGCUAAAAUAGCCUUAAAGUUGUUGUUCCAGGAGUGUGUUGUCAAACACUCUUUGGAAAUAGCAAUUUGUACCUAAAAAUUAGCAAGUGCCUCCAUUUUCUUCCUUGGUCUCUAUGGACUGCCUGCCACUAUUCUGAUUUAUUUAUUAUCUAAGCAAUAGCAGCAGCAACAACAACACUAGGGUUCCUAGGCAAUAACAGUACACAGAAUGAAACACUGUUUUUAAAUGAAGAAAUAUUUUGAUGGCUAACAGAAACAGCACACACAGUGUACAGUAGUUUAAUGUGUAUGUUUUUAAAUUAUUUUAAAGAUAAUGUUGCUCUUUUGCAAAAGAUUGGUGCUGUCUUUGAUUUGCAGUAGCUAUCAUGAUGAAGGCCUUUAAUUUGACCAACUAAAAGCUUCUAACUGAUGACAGGCUGUAUUGUAGCUUUGUCUUUAUGUGGUAUAGAUUUGCCUUUCUGUAAUACUACUAGGAAUGUCGAUUACAUUUAUAUUCAUCUGUGAAGAGUGUUCUGAACAGCAGCCAACAUGCAGUCCUUUGUAACAGGUGCAAAAUUCAGGAAAGCAGAAAAUUACUUAGACUGUGAUUCACUAUCGGUUGAAUGAACUAAAAGCUAUCUAGCUGGACUUUGACAAGACAGUGAAUAGCCCACAAAAGCUCUUAUGGGCUAUUGUUUAGUGACAGCUGACCUCCACACCCCCAUUAAUAGCAAGAAAAUGAAGUUCAGUUUCGCAGUGCAAUCCUACAUAUGUCUACUCAGAAGUAAGUGUAAUUGAGUUCAAUUAUGUUUCCUUCCACGUAAUUAGGUAUAAGACAGCAGCCUAAAGAGCAUAUAAUUAUAUGUUUAACCAGUUAUUGCUGAAUUCUGAAGAAAUAGAUUGAUAUUUAUGCCAAGUACCUAACAUGAUCCCUCUGACUAGUCUUGUACGUCUUAAAAAGAAACUACUGUUCCAGAAACAGAGAAAAUGAGCUCACAAUGAGGAAACAGAUGAACCUCUUAAGUGAUUGCAUAGCUGCACUAAAGUAUGCUCAGGUUAUCAACUCUUGAUUAGUUACGACUGCUGAGUGACUGUUACACCAUGAGAAGAUCUUGAUUUUUCGAAACUCAUUCACUCCUACCACAAGAAAAUGACAAGGGGUUUGAAAUAGGUCUGUGCGCACAUUACCGUUUACUCUGGCUCCCGUGCACUCCUGCCACUGGCUUUUGAAUCUGUGUACAUGUGAUGCUACCCACAAUGCAGAGCUCUUCUGUAGUUUAUGGAGAAAAACUGCUCCUGGGUGCAUUUUCUUUUAAAGCAGCUUAAAUCCUAAAGGAAAUUUUAAGGCACAUCCACUUCGGAGUUAAGCUGAGGUAUGUACAUUUGAGGUAGCCAUUGCACAUGCAUGGAUGACAGCUUCAGAAAUAGGAAUUGGAGGUGGGGGGAGAGUACUGCAGGGGCAGGAAGACCCAACAGAUAAUGCACAUUGGGUGCUGACAUCCCCAGUCCCUCUCUGGUGUGUACAACAACCUGCAAAUACUACUUGAUAUGGGAGUGGGGGUGCAUAAUGACCUUGGUGCAUUUUAAACUGUGAAUGUGUACAUAGCCUAAGGCUGGAAAGAAACCAUAUGUUGAAUGAAAGGAUGCUUUCACUUUCUUUAAAUGUCUACGCUUACUGAGGCAUUGAUUGGUGCCUUGCAACAAUCUCAGCCAUGGUGGAGGAAUAUUUAGAAGGUAUCAUCCCAAAAGGAGACGCGGGUGGCGCUGUGGGCUAAACCACAGAGCCUAGGACUUGCCGAUCAGAAGGUCGGCGGUUCGAAUCCCCGCAAUGGGGUGAGCUCCCGUUGUUCGGUCCCUGCUCCUGCCAACCUAGCAGUUUGAAAGCACGUCAAAGUGCAAGUAGAUGAAUAGGUACCGCUCCGGCGGGAAGGUAAACGGUGUUUCCGUGCGCUGCUCUGGUUCACCAGAAGCAGCUUAGUUAUGCUGGCCACAUUACCCGGAAGCUGUACGCCGGCUCCCUCGGCCAAUAAAGCGAGAUGAGCGCCGCAACCCCAGAGUUGGUCACUGCUGGACCUAAUGGUCAGAGGUCCCUUUACCUUUACCUUUAUCAUCCCAAAAUGUCCAUUACUUGCUCUACAGAUAUCUGUCCCCACAAAUCAGUGUGUUAAGAACACUGAUUUUGUUAUACAGUCAAUAUGUCUCAUAACAUAGGCUUUGAUUCAUUUACAAGGGAUGAAAUUAAACAACCCAUCCUGACCUGGGGUCAGCAACCUGUGGCCCAUGGACCACAAGCAGCCCACGGGGGUUAUUUAAACAGCUCAUGAGCUGCCUCUGAACCAAGCCGCCUGUUUGGUGAGUCCCCAUGUGCUGCGCUAAACCGGCACAGCACGGAGCAGGGACUCACUUCCUCGGUGCUGGAAAUCAUGUCUGCGCAGACACGAUCCGGCCCACGGAGCGAUUUCCACGGGAAUGAACCGGCCCAGGUGAGGUAAACCUUGCUGACCCCUGCUCUACACACUCACAACUAACACCUUCAUUGUGCUCUCUUGAAAUUUGUCCAUCAGUGAACUAUCACUAUUUCAGUUUCCAUUGUAAAAAAAAAAUAAAAAAAUAAAAAUCCUUCCAGUAGCACCUUAGAGACCAACUAAGUUUGUUCUUGGUAUGAGCUUUCGUGUGCAUGCACACCUCUUCAGAUACACUGAAACAGAAGUCACCAGACCCUUAUAUAUAGUGAGAGGAUGGGCAGGGGUAUUGCUCAGAAAGGUGGUGGGAAUGGGUGAUUGGCUGAUAGGUGUGGUAAACCUGUUUCCAUUAGUAAGAAAUAUUAAACAAUCCUAUGGUCCCUGGGAAGGUGUUUGGGGCACCAUAGAUUCAUUGUGUCUCCCUCCCUGAGACAUGCUUCCAGAGAGGGAGGUUUGACCUUCUAUGACUCCUCCAUGAAGCUGUGAAAAGAUCUGUAGUCAGUGCCUGACCAACAUCACAGAGGGCAAAAAGGCAGGGGGGGGGGCAUUAGGAAAAGUGAUGGAUGCUUCCAUUCCCCUAACACCCACACCCCUCAAAUGAGGGAUAAACCCGUUUUUUACACCAACCUAUUUCCUUCUCAUUGAUUGCAACCAGAGGUUCAAAGAGGAAGAUGGGGAUGUUUGCAAAACAGCUUUCAUGCAGCCCUGCACUGCUUUUUGAACCUCUGGUUCAAAGCAGCCACAUGUAUGCCAUGAAACCAAGUUAAGCCUCAGGCUUGCACACUCCCAUCUGGCCAAGAGAAGGAGUUUGCCAGUGUUUACUUUCACUUUCCCGCUAAUCUCAGUUUGUUGUGUGUGAACCAGAGAUUAUAGUCUAUAAUUAACUGCGUAUCAAACACUGGUCAUUUUCAAAAGCAAGCCAACUUCAAAACGUGGUUGAUAGAUUAUAAGCCCUGAUUCAUACCCAAUGACAAGCCAAUCAAUUUAAAGUGUUGCUCAAAAAGUCCUCAGCUAAGUGGGAGGACAGGGGACUGAGGAAGGAGCAUGCAAAUCUGAGGCUUUUCUCAGACUCAUUCCACCUCAUGUAUGUAGACCUAAAAUGUGGUUUAGGUGAAUGUGGCUUAUAUUUUGCAUCUGGAGUUCAGAAGGGAUCUGCUUCUCACCAGGGUUUAGGGAGAAGACAUGUAGCCUAUUGCAAAAGAUAAAUUGGGAAAGCCUCAGCAAUAACAGAUGUCACCCAAGCAUGAAAUGUUGUUUUUAUUUUAUUUUAUUUUGUGUUAAUAAUAUAAAUCUUGCUCAGCUAGGCUCGCUAAUUUUGUCUAGAAAUCUGAUUAGAUCCUGUGCCUGCUAAGCCCAAAAAUAUAUCUGGUCUUGUAUCACCAAUGCAUUUUAAGGGUCAGAGGUAUAUGUCAUGCUUAAUGUCUUGCAUGCAACAACAUCUGUUUUUUUAUUGAAUUAGCUUACAGCUGUGGGAAACUGAUUGUUACUGGGAUUGCAACUUGGAGGGAGGGCAGAUUUAUUCCUUGCCUCCCCAAAUCUCCCUCCACAUGACUUUGUAAAAAAACACAAAAAACAGGUUCCAUCUGCACUAUUGGGUACUUUCUCCUCCCGUGGUUUCACAAGAUACACUUUGACCCAGCAGACUUAAAAGAAAGAGGCUGAACUUGCUCAGUAGUGGCUGGGAAGUUACCCUUCCUCCCAGGCUGAAAAUUAAACUGCAUCUCUUAGAGAUCUUCUUGCUUGGGCAUUGGGAGCAUGGAAGGUGCCUUAUUCCAAGUCAGAUUAUUGGGGCCAUCUAGCUCAGCAUUGCCUUCACUAGUAGCAGCUGCAGGAUUUUGUUUGUGGGUCUCUCCCAUGCCUAUCAGCAGAUGUAUGGGGGUUGAACCUGAGAUGUUCUGCAUGCAAAACAAAUGCUCUACCACUGAGCUGUAUCUCUUUCCCAAGGAAGUGGAAGUGGAGAGGAGACAGCCGACAUAAACUGGGGGUGUUGCAGACUGGCCAUGUCUUCACAUCAGCUGGGCAACCAUCACAAUUGUGACCUGUCUUCCAAAGCAAUAGAGAAUACCCUUCUCUUGAUAGAACCUGAAUAUUUGUAGGAGACUUGACUGGAAACAGGGAUGGGUGUGGCGAUAGAAAAAUCUAUGCUGUCCCCUUUGUGCAUCAUGGUUUUGGGCAGCUAGAAUGCAUGGUAUAAAAAGCCACACAAGCGGGUAUUUCUGCAUACAUUUAGUAUAAUGAUAACAUUUGCUAUAGCUCAAGUAGGGCACUAAAUGUAAUUUUUGCCAAAUGACAAACUUAAGUAUUUUCUUUCACAACCAGUGGCUCCCUGGCAUUGCUGCCACAAAGCCCUGAAUAGUAUGAAUCAGAACUUUUAGGUAUGAUUGCCUUUUUCAUGCGUCAGAUUGCUGUCAUUAAUUACAAGAGUCGGCUAGGCAACCCAAGAUUUACUGAAGAAGAGGCUUUGUUAAGCCUAUUUACGGCUGCUACAUCCUGAUGACUUCACUACAGGAGUUCUAAAACGACUGCUAGUGAUACACAGUUUUGUGCUGCUUUCAGUGAUGCUACAAAUGUUAAUACCUCAGAAUUCAGAGUCACAUGAAAGGACUGAUGUGUAAUCAGAGGUCCCCUACUGACUCUAAGAUAAAAAUCAGUUGCAGGGGAAGAAAAUAUUGGACCACCAGCAAUGUACAUACUUUCAGCUAUGCCCGGUUGCUUAGAUGACCCUCAGGAGGGGAUGAGACAACUAACGGUUGGGGGGUAGGAAUGAAUACAGAAAGCUUGACUAGCAAAUGGUAAGAUAUUGAUGUGCUGCUCUUGUCAGUCCCUUAAAUUCUAUAGAACAAUCCACAUUUGUAGAUGCUGAUUCACUUCAGUUAUUGCCACAAUUAUUUAUAGUUAUGUAAGCCAUGUUUGUGAUGUAAGAUUUGUUUAUGGACCUUGCCUACCUGUUCCCUUUGCUUGCAGGUUGUUGCAAAUUUCUGCUUUGCCAUGCAGUACUAUAGUUAGUUCUACAAAAUCCUAGACUUAAAGCACAUAGUGCUAUUCAUCUUCAUCCACUGUUGAGCAAAAUUGCAGCUGACGGUGGAGAUGGUCUGCAGUGCACUGUCAUCCUACGUAUUUAUAUUCCCACUGUUAGCAAAGUCCACUGGGAGACAUCUUUUGAGAGAAAAAAAGCCUAUUAAAAGUGAUUGAGUGUUGCACAGAAGAUGAGCACUGGACAUAGGCUGCAAUCCUGUAUAUGCUUACCUGAAAACCAGCCUCACUGAACUCAAUAUGACUGACUUCUGAGUAGAUAUGCAUAGGAUUGCAUUGGUAGGCCAUGUUCACAUGUUGCAAUAAGCCAUAAACCAUGGCUUGCUGUGAGAAAGUAUGCUGCCGGGUUGCUCCUGCUUCCAGAGGCAGAUUUAGGGCAGCGUGACCAGUUCUGCUCCACUGGGCACCGAGCCCAAGGGGCACCGCAGGGUGUCCCAACUAUGAUGUUGAGCAGAACGGAAGGUAAGGGGUGCUGAAUUUUGGGCUCACACAGAGCACCACUGAAAUUUGAAAGCCCCAAAGUCCAUCCCUGCUGCUUCACUCCUCCCAUAGCACAAGCAGGAGCAACAACCCAUAAACCUUGACAUGCCAUGUUGUCCAAAGACCACAUAACACUGGUCUUGAAAGACCUACAUUGGCUCCCAGUACGUUUCCAAGCACAAUUCAGAGUGUUGGUGCUGACCUUUAAAGCCCUAAAUGGCCUCGGCCCAGUAUACCUGAAGGAGCGUCUCCACCCCCAUCGUUCUGGCCGGACCCUGAGGUCCACCACCAAGGGCCUUCUGGCAGUUCCCUCACUGUGAGAAGUGAAGUUACAGGGAACCAGGCAGAGGGCCUUCUCGGUGGUGGCACCUGCCCUGUGGGAUGCCCUCCCAUCAUAUGUCAAAGAUAUAAACAACUAUCUAACAUUUAGAAGUCAUCUGAGGGCAGCCCUGUUUAGGGAAGUUUUUAAUGACUGAUGUUUUAAUGUAUUUUUAAUAUUUUGUUGGAAGCCUCCCAGAGUGGCCGGGGAAACCCCCCAGAAUGGCGGGGUAUAAAUAAUAAUUUAUCCAAACCAGGAUCUUUGUUCUUCCCUAAAGAAACCAUGAUCAGAAUCAGACGUCUGUUCUUGGGCUGCUGAGGGAUUUCUUAGUGAAAUGCUCCAUUGCAUCUCAUUCAGCACCCUGUUCCUCCCUCCCUCCACAGCUCACAGUGAAGUCAGAAGGCAAAGUACAGAUCUGGUGUGGAAGCACACUGAGAUGGAUGCAAGUAGGCAGAUGUGCAAAGCAGAAAUCCAUAUCAGUAUCUUAAAUCCUUGUAUUUGGAAGCACUUCAUCCCUCCUUUGUUCAGAUGCGAUGCUUUUUCAGGAUAUUUAAUUCCAAAUAUAAGGUUUGAAAUUAACUAUAAUUAAUAUUCAUCCCCCCCCAUAUGGUAAAAUAAGUCUAAUUUCCUCUUCUUCACACUCUCAAAGAAACAUUUCAUUAGGUGACCUUUAUAUUUUUUCCGUAUACUCUUGUGGUAUGUUUUGUAAUUAAAAAUGCCAUAGCUCCACAGAGAGCUAAAUGAGAUUUAGUUCACUGCAGGUUUGGGAUUGUUAAUGAAUCAUCAUCCCCACUGCAUGAGGCAAAGUGACACAUAGUUUUCUUGCAUGGCAUCCAAUUGUUCUGACAGCUGGCGUAAUGAUGCAGAUGUUUGUCUCCAAGGGAGGCCUGCUAACACUGUCCUGACAGAAGCACAUGACUUUUUUUUUCAGAUUAAUAAAAGAGUAUCAUACCAAAGCUCUAACAGCUUUAGUAACAGACCAAUUUUAUUUUUAUUCAAAUCAUCACUUAAAGCUACUGUAUACUCAGUCAGACAAUGCAGGCCAGUAUUGUCUGUGCUGAAUGGUAGCUCUCCAGAGUCUCAGGAGGUAUUUUCCAUAAGAUACUAUCAAAUCCUUUCUUUAUCAGGCAAUAAUCAGGGGUCUUCUGCAUGAAAGGCAGGGACAUUGCUAGGCCUUUAAAAGACUUGCGGCGCAGACCCAGAACACAAAUUUGCACAUUUUUAUUUCUGUGUGUAAUUGCAAAUGUAGGCUGACUUUCAGAAAAGAAGCUGCUCUGAAAACAAUGCAAAAAUAUGUGUUUCUUUUAAAGUUUAAAAAGGGGGGGACAAAGGACAAGAGACGUUGAGACUGUUGUAAAAGACCCAUAGCUCCCUGAUGUGGAGCAUGCGCUACAUUUAAAGCACUCAAUUUAACAUCCAUGGCUUCCUCCAAAGAAUCAUGGGAACUGUAGUUUAUUAAGAGUGCUGACUGAAGAUCUAUAGCUCCCAGCAGUCUUAACAAUUUACAGUUUCCAGGAUUCUCCAUGACUCUUAAAGUGGUUUUAAGUGUUUUAAAUGUAUGGUGUGGGUGCAAUGACCUUAUUACAGAAAUUCAUAUAGAAAUGCUUACAUUAAGGGCGGAAGAAUGAUCAUCAUUGGGAUCUGCUGCCCCGGUGAAUCCCGCCACCCUGGGUAAGACAGCAGGCAUAAAGUUGACUUUAAAGUGCCUAGGGAAAUAAUAAUAAAAGAUGUUUAAAAAGGUAAAGGUAAAGGGACCCCUGACCAUUAGGUCCAGUCAUAACCGACUCUGGGAUGGCGGCGCUCAUCUCGCUUUAUUGGCCAAGGGAGCCGGCGUACACCUUCCGGGUCAUGUGGCCAGCAUGACUAAGCCACUUCUGGCGAACCAGAGCAAUGCACGGGAACACCGUUUACCUUCCCACCGGAGCGGUACCUAUUUAUCUACUUGCACUUUGACGUGCUUUCAAACUGCUAGGUUGGCAGGAGCCGGGACUGAGCAACGGGAGCUCACCCCAUCGCGGGGAUUCGAACCGCCGACCUUCUGAUCGACAAGUCCUAGACUCUGUGGUUUAACCCACAGCGCCACCCGCAUCCCUAAAUGACGUUUACCUGCUGCCAAAUGAAUAAGGCAAGUGUCAAGAGGACCUCUCUUGAAAAAGCAUUCCUAACUGGAGCACCAUCACUGGGAAAUCCCUCUCCCAGCAGUUACCCACCUUGCCUCCAACAGCAGAGGUGCCCGAAGAAGCAUAUCCAUCUUCCGGUAUGGAUAUGCCCAUAUAUUUAACCAUCAGCCCACAAUGUAAAUAGCAAAGUAAAAGCUGCAUUAGGUAAUAGGCCAUUUCUUUAUGCAUUGGUGGAGAUUAUGUCAAUUAUACUGAGUCAAACCAUUGGUGCGUCUAUCACAGUACAGUUAGCAUCAGCUGUCAGCAGUACUAUAAUGUUUCAGACAGAGGCCUGAUCUGCUGAGUCCUUUUUAGCCGGGGUUGCCAUUAUCUUCUGUAUUCAAAUCAUGUUCCAAAACUGAGCAGUGGUGCCUCCCUGAUUAGCAGAACUUGGGACCUUAUUUUUGUUUUUCCUUACGCUUCUUCUCUGUUCUUGUUUUUCCUCUUCUCACAAGAGAUUUGAAUUUCCAUUUUAUAAAAAGGGUUUGUUGCCACUAUGCUUUCUCCUGUCCUGUCAAAGCAGUAUUUUUAGUAACUGCAGUAGCGAAGAAUCAUUUGGCCUGUUAGAAUCCCCCUUGUGGGUAUCACGUAGAUCAGUAAGCCUGUGGCCCUCCAGAUUGGCCCCAUGACAGUUGGCUCUUGUUCUUUGCAAAUGAACUUCAUUUUGUCUUUGAAAUAAUUUUAUUUUGCACAUUAUAAUUUAUGAUAAUUGUAGUGGUUAAUUAGUUUGCUAAAGCUUCUAUAAUUAAUCAGCUUAAUUUUUGAUGUGCUUGACAGCCACAAUACAUAUGCAUUUCCUUACCUCAGUGCAUCCUUGCCUGGCAUAUCUAGGAGUCAGGUGGUACUGUUUUCUGCAUUCAGCAUAUAACGCAUGCUGAAAAUUGAUAUGAGUGCAGUGGGUGUUUUUCAUAACCUGGGCAAUAAUGGUUCAGAAACAUGUAGUAGAUUUAGGGGGUGAUCCUAUUACCCCUGGGAGACCAUUUCGGGGGCCAUAGGAUACAUUGGAUCUCCCUUUCCAACACUGAAGAGGGAGAGCCAAGGUUGGAUCCCGACUCCCCACCAACAUGGGAACGCCUGAUAUCCCAGCACAAUCUAUGUCAGAGCCACGACAUCAGUAGGGCCAGAAAGGGGGCAUGAUGGAACUGUGCAAGGGAAGGACCAGAAAACAUAUUGGAGCCAAAUAAUCCAAAAUUGCCACAGUCCUCUGACAUACCCUCAAGAUAGGGAAGAUUUAGACCAGCUCAGUAGUUGGUCUAAAUCUCUCCCAUGAUGAAAAGGGAAAUGUUAAAAAGGGAUACAUUUAAAGGAAGAAGGAUUUCAAGUGUUCUUUCUCUUUUUUUUACCUCACAUCUACCCUGCUGUUCAUCCAUCUUUGGUUUUUGCCCUCCUUGGUAGGAUUGGAGCUUUAGUGAUCCUUGCUUGCUGCCAGAGCCCUUUUAUAUAGGACUACAGCAACUUUCUACCAGAAGAUGCUGUACACCAGGGGUCAGCAACCUAAGGCCCAUGGGCUGGAAGCAGCCCACGGAGGUCAUUUGACUGGCCCACAAGCCACCCCCGAACUGAGCUGCCCACUCACGCACUACAGUAAACCAGCACGGCGUGGGGAAUCACUUCCGUGGUGCUGGAAAUCGCGUCUGCGCAUGCACAGAUGCUGGAAAUCACGGGCGUGCAUGUCCACGGAGGGAUCACCACAGCACUGAUCCAGCCCAGGCAAGAUAAACCUUGCUGGCCCCUGCAGUACACAGGUGAUGGCUGCUUGUUCUAUCAACAGCUAUCAGCCAUGAUAACAAAACUGAAUCCCUGAAUUCAGAGGCGGUGAAUAAAGAUGUUAGUACAGACAGCGGGUUAUGUCUGUUGCCUUAAUGUCCUUCACAUAAACUUCCCACAGGCAUCCAACAGGCCAUGAGUGAAACAGAAUUCUGCAUUAGAUGGAUCACUGAUCAGAUUGAGCAAAGGCAAUCUUACACUUUUAAACUGAUGCUGUAUUAAUAGAUCAGUACAUAAGCAAUAUACUAAUUAUGAGGCUCCAAAGACUGAUCAUUUCCAUGUUCCCGUUAGCUGCGAGUGGCAGUAUGAUUAAAAAAAAGCACAAGUGUGUUAUUGGCAAUAUAGUCUUGGCUACCCCCAGUUCAAAAUUAUUGGGAUAUUUUUGCCAGUUUCUAAUAAUAGUAAUAAACAGCCUGCUAAUUGUCAAUCAUUUAGACCUAUUAAUUUGACCCAGAUCUCAAAAGCAUUGAACUACACAUGCAGUUAAUAAGAACACAUGCAUUAUUAGUGAAAUGGGUUAAUUGAUUAGAAUCAAAACAAGUGUUUCAAAUGGAAGCCAGAAGCAAAUAGGCAGCCAGUGCAACUGGUAUAGCAUUGAUUCAAAUGCCUGUCCCCUUGACAAGCAUCAUAACAGCUGCAUUCUGUAUCAGCUGAAGUUUCUGUACUGUCUUUAAAAGCAGCCCCAUAUAGAGAGUAUUAUUCAUUACAGUAAACUUCUGGACAUUCCUUGCCUCAACUGCUUUCAACCAUAGACCUAAUUGAAAGACUCACCCAGUCUGCCUAACUUCUGUCAAUCAGCCAGAUUUUUACUGUUUGACCUUUCCAAUGUAUAUUGAAAUAAAUUAUUGUGGUGGGGGACAAGGCAUUCAAGAGUAAAUUAAAACAUCUGUUUUCAGACCUGCAAGUUGUCAAAAUUUAAGAAGUUCCCUUCUGGUUUCUUUAGAUUCCCCCACCCCUCUCAACAUUCUAUAAACACUCUAGUUAUGGUCAGGCAGGUUUGAGGGGUUUUUAGCCUUCUGCAUGCCUAGGGAGUCCUUGAAAUAUGAAGAAACCAUUUCUGUAUUUUUGGAUGACUCAGUUUCAUUUCAAAACUAAUAGGCACUCAACCACCUGAGUUCAAAAUUAGAAGGGAUGGUGCUGUUUUAAAAAAGCAUAUCUCUCAAGAUUAAGAUAAAAUGCAAACAUUAUUAAUACACUAUGUUGGUCAACCCUGCCUGGACCAAGUCUUUUCUGAUCUAAAGCUCAUUAAAUCAUUGCUGAAAUUCUGCACAAAUGAAGGCAGCUUAAAUAAUGAGGAGGACUGUGGCCCUUGUUUUUUAUUUGCCAUCUCCCUCUUUAAAACAGCAUUUCUUUCUUGCAAUUAUAUGCUGCCCUCGUUUGAAGGAGCUGAAUGCAACAUAAAUGCUACCCUCCCCAUUUUCUGCUCUUAGCAACCCCAUGAGGUGGUUUGGGCUGAAAGCUUGUGAAAGGGCCCUUUGAACAUUUCAUGGCUGAUGUAGGAUUUGAACCAGAUUCACCCUGGUCAAAAUAAUCAUACUGCUCAUUCAUUAAAUCAUACUAAAGUGCAUUUUAGAGGGAUAUCAAAGAUCCAUUUGCAUCACCAAAAAUUAUGCUCAGAGGGCUGGGACCAAGUAAGCCAUACCAUUAGCAGACCUAUGGAUAUCAAUUGAUAUGACUAACUUAUCCAUUGGUUUCAAUGGGUAUACUCUAAGUGGACUUAGCUGUGCAACUCGAAAUCAGUUUCCUUUUAAGUGGCAGCAUUAUUAUUAUUGUUAAUUUCCAGUUUGACAAACCACACUAUCUUGCAGCAUCCAUUCCUCCUCCUUGUAAUAAGAAAAGAUAAAUUAGAUGUAUCUUUUGUGGUCUUACAAUUAUGCCUCACUUCUGGCUUGCAGUUGUGAACCAAUUGCAGCAUCCAGCUGUGCCCUAUGAGCCUUCAAAAAACAAAACAUGUCCACAUAACUAUGUUUUGUGCUGUUGGUCCUGGAAAAUUGCUCUUGUGUUACACUGUAGCAGAUGGAACAAGGUGCCAAAGGUGCUAUCAUCCCCCCCAAAAAAUCCUUUUUCAAAGCUCAAACCCACAUACAGAUGUCUCCUCAGUACAGUACUGACUGCUAUUGUCCCAGUAUAAAAAAACACUGCUGGAUCCUAGAGCAGAAACAGAAAGAUAUGUCCCUCCACACUAGUACUGCAAACAUAGUACCCACUUUGUGUUUAUUGCUAUUGAGCAGAACAGCAUAAUAUCAAGCAGACUCUGAAAUUAAUUGAUGGCCUCUUACAUUAUUUAAACAUUGACAUUUUUCACUUGGAGUGAGUAUUCAAGUGAAAGCAAUUAUAACUUGAUUAUUUAUCACACCAAUAAGUCAUGGUACAUUAAAUUAGACCUGAGAUGAUUAAGGAUGUCUUGAUGAUUUAGUAUUUGAUUAGAGCCACAGGACUACAAUUUCAAAUUUAAUAAAUAUGCCAGUAGGUAUCUUCAGUGCACUAAGCAUUCUUGCUGCAACUUGUUUGAGUACAGUUCCGCUGUAUAAGAAUGUAGAAAUUCGUAGAUAUUCAAAGAGUCUGAUCCUGUGCUCUGUUGGGUAUAGAACAGGGACCAUGCUUAGGGCAUCCAGUAAUGUCGUUAGUGAUGUGCCAACAUCAUGCCUAGAUUAUGUAGUAAACAUUUUUUUAAAAAAGAAAAUUACUCCUCUUUGCUGUUGUGCCAGGACCAAAAGUGGGGGGGAAGUCUGCACAUGGAGUUUGCCUUUUUCACAGCCUUUGCACACUGUCGAUAUCUUCAUCUAUAUCUUCAUUAAAGUACCAAAGUCUGAACUGACAACUUAGUCCAAAGUAUCUUAAUGGCAAUGUUGCCUUUACUGAAAGUUUCACUGGUCAGUUCUACAGCAGAAAAGAACACUCUCAGCAAAACUUUGAAAAAAUCCCCAAGAAAGUCAACAAUGCAACCUAUUUUUUGAUUGGUGUUAAAUAAUUAAACCACACUAAAAGGGCCUAUCUUCUUAGUAGUUCUGUGUGAAAAAAGAAAUCAAGAAAAGUGGUGUUUUGUUCUUUGCUCUUGUUGGUGUCUUACUACCGGAGUUCACAUUGCUAACAAGUUCAGCUUCUUGACAAAAAGACAGGCAAAACUUGUGUGUGUGUCUGUGUGUCUGUUUGUAUUAAUGUCAUGGACUGGCUGGGUACAGAGGAGUGGUGGGAGACAGCAGCUGGGCAACCCCCAAGGGAAGAAAACUUAGAGCCAGGGGAUGGGUGGUGGGACGAGUGGUCAGAGGGAGCAGACUGGGUGGAGAAGGUAUCGGAAGCUGAAGAAGUAACAGGGUUUGAUGAGCAGGAAGAGGCUGUGGUAGAGAGCAGUGCAGAAUCAGAGGUAGAAGCGGAGAAUGAAGAGGAUGGGGCACAAGAAGCAGAGAUGAGUCAGGCUGGUGAAGAAGCCAGGGGGGUCUCCCACUUAUGCUACAACCAGUUCCUCUCCCCCCUGGUCUCCCAGGACCCAGUAUGAAGAGAGGCACAACAGCAGAAUAUCAGAUUGCUUGGGAAGGACACAGGCGAGGAGGAGACUUAGGGAACUGUGGGAAGGUGGGGACCUUCAGCCCCCACAACUGUCUCAUAGGGGCAAGAUCUACCAGGACGAGUUGCUGUGCUCACUAGGCAUGGCCUCCUGAGUCAACCUUGUGUCCUUGAAGAAAGAAUUAAUUCACUGAUGCCGUGUGAUUGAUUGCUGACCUGCUCCUGGCACAUGCUGCUAAUAGUUAAAUGUAAAAGUGGUUUGUUUGUUUUUUAAUUAAAGAGGGCUCUAAGGCAGAUGUGUUUGCUUUGUGCACGCCAGUGCAACACUCAUGUUUUUUUACAAGAAAUAUAUAAAGUGUGAAGGAUGAAAUGCACCCAUUUACAUGAUUAUGGGGACCCAGGCCCACUCAAGUGUUCCAUGUAUGGCAAUCCAAGGAAGUGUUACAUAUUCUCUGUGUAUCAAAUAUAGAUGUUUGAGUGCUUGAAAUAUGGCAAUAUGCUUCCAAUAGCCUUGAGGGGAGACAUACGGAUUAUUAAAUCUAUAGUACAAAAAGGCUGUUGGAGGUAGCAUUGUCCUAUGACAUGAGAAAUAAAAAAAACAAACUGGCCAGGCAAACAAGCACUAAAUUGUAUUCAGAGCUUUUGACUUGCGGAGAAACACUCGAUGAUUCAUUUUGCUUCUGUUUGUUUUUUCCGCUUCAGGUAUAUCAAUAUAUGCAUGAAACCAUAAACGUUAAUGGCUGCCCCGAAUUCCGCGCAAGGGCAACAGCAAAGGUAGGGUGCUUGCAGCUUUAAAAUAUACACUCCUAAGAUGCCCCAGUAAUUGACUGUGCGCGUGUAUGUUUCAGGUAUUCGUGUGUAGACUGUAAGAAAAUUUAGACAUCAGUGGCAGCCCAGAGUCUAGAACCAGUGCUACUUUCCAGGUAACAACUAUAAUGGCAAAUUCAACCUUUUUGCUGCUGCUUCUGUAGCUUAAGAAAAGAGAAUGCUUUCCAGAAUAAAGAGGCUUGCAGUGUGGGGAGCGGGGAGCCAGCUUCAGGGCAAAUCUACUAUUUCAUUGCAUAGAACAAUGUACUGGCCAUUCGCGCUUCUUUAGCUAAGUUCUCCUGUAACAUUUUUUUUUCUUCAUAGUAUGGCACAGGCCUGCCUUUAGGACAGUAAAGGUUCUCACUUUCAGAGAUGCUGAACACAUAUUUCCUCAACAGAAAGCAGCAGCAGCUGUGUGUUGUUCAUCACUUCUGAAAAACAGGGCCUUAUGACGAAAUUUCAGGAAGAAUCCUUACAAAUCUUUGUAUGUGCCCAACAUCAAGAGAAACAAUGGCUGCGUUCAGUUGCAACACUAAACCAUUGGUUUUAUCAUUACAAAAAGCUUUGCUUUUCCCAGGCUUCCUACUUCUCCCAUCUGGUGCAACUCCAAGGAGAUUGGAAGUUUUUUCUUCCAUCUUUGAUUUACCAAAGUUUGGCAUGCCAUCUAAAACAUGAAAUGGGGUUCAGAUAAGCAAGUUAAGUUAAUAAACUAUGGUUUGAAGUUAGCUUGCUUCCACCAACCAUAGUUAAGAUUAACCACCGUUUGUGUGGCUUCAGAUUACACAAUAACCUGAGGUUAAUCGAAGCAGAAGUGAAAGCUUCAUAACACCUCAGGAAUUCUGUGUAGAGGGGAGGGGCAUGUGCAAGCCCAGUGGGAGGCUAGAAUCAUCCUUGCAAUGCUAAACUGUGGUUUAGCAUUUUAUCCAAUCCAUCCCAUUGCUUUUGUAACUAAAUCUGAAAUGUGCUUUUGUGUUCACAUUGUGCAGAGAAUAAAUGUUUGCAAUAAAAUACACAUUUCCUCAUGGAAUAGAUUCUGCCUUAUAACACUGAUAAAACUUGAAUGAAUUUUCUCUGCAUGAGUGAGGCAGGGGAAAGAAAACUAAGAAAACUGUAGAACUUUUACAAAGCAUAUGCACACAAACCUAAGAACACCGUUCUUUGCAAAUCAAAGCAAUUAAUGCUAAUGUUCUUUCCACACUUCCAGUGAAAGAAUCCUGUUGAUUUGAAAUGGAGAAAACCCAAAGUUUGAUAUAGGGGAAACAUUAUUUUAAAUGUAUUAUUAAAACCAUUAAAAUAAUGUGUUUUAGAUUAUUAGAGAGUAAAAAAACACACCAUUCUGAGCCAUGCAGUACUUUUUAACUUUAAUAAGCUAUUGGUAGGUCUAAAUAAAAUUCCUCCAUUAUGUUAUCAGCUUCUGGAACAUUGCACAUAUCCAAGAGUGGUUUGAGCUUUGUAAGUACUUAUCCAAGAAAGGUGUGUUCUAUAUUAUUUCUGCUGUGGAUAGAAAAGUACAGUUAAAGGUGAAAAACUCUCCAGGUUUGCCAUUCUCAUUUCUUAUUCAUUUAGAACAGCAGGAUUGUAGAGCAAUGUUUCAAUAUCACAAUAUUUCCUGGUUUUUUCUGGGCUGUCUGCAUUGCAUUAUCUUGUGCAUUUAUGUUUGACAUUUAAUGUGUGCAUGGUUACAAUUUUUGCAUGAUAACACAUGUUGCAUAUGUAACUAAGGUCUCAUACUCAUGUUACCUAGUUCCAUCCAUUAAACAUCCCUAAUAGAACAAUCUCUCAUAGGACCUUUAGGAACCGUGGGCAUCAUUCCAGCAGAAGUUAAGCACUUUCUAGCAUCAUUUAUUUCAAUAGAAGAGUUAUGUAUGUGCUUGGGGCUACCAUUCUAUAGCCACUUGCCUGAGGCUAAGCCUCAAUAGGACUUACUUCUGAAUAUGCAAAUAUAGGAUUCUAGUGUAUAUCUCUCCUAUGGAAAUGAAUGAAGCCCUUAAAGUGUUUAACUUUAGCUAGCUUCUUUUCUGCAUUUUAACAUGCCAAAGAAACAUACAAAACACUUUGAAAAACAGUUGCUGGUGGGAAAAUGUCUGUUUCCACAAUGCAAAUUGGUUUAUUUUGAGAAUUAAGGUAUACUUCUAAACGUUGUUGGGGUUUUUUAAGCAAUGCAAUCCUGGUUUCCUGCUGCUUUAAUUUCAGCAACUGUUUUAAUUUCAGGAGUCCUAAAUUUAUUCGACACAGUUAUUUAAACUAAACUCCCCUAAUUAAAGUAUUUUUUCUUCCACUCCUUACCAUUGCCAGAGUCCAGUGGCUCUACUUCGCAUGUAAAGACUAUGGUAUACAGAUUCCACUUUGCUGCUGAGGGAUGUUGCAUGCCUGCCCCUGCUAGCAUGAAGCUCAGUGUGUGCACAAAGGCCCUGCAGAGCUUUCAGUUGUUAAUCAAAUCUGUUAAAACAUUUUUAAAAGUUACUUUGAAAAUACAUUUUUAAUCUAUUUAAGAAAAAAACAGUUCCCUUUUUUGUAGUCUGGCAAAGCUUACUUUUUAUUAUCAUUAUUCACAGCAGAAAGAGUUUGCAUUAUAAAAAUUCAAUUUAAAUAACAAUUCAAAGUGUUGGUGCUGACCUUUAAAGCCCUAAACGGCCUUGGCCCAGUAUACCUGAAGGAGCAUUUCCACCCCAUCAUUCUGCCCAGACACUGAGGUCCAGCUCUGAGGGCCUUCUGGUGGUUCCCUCACUGCGAGAAUCAAAGUUACAGGGAACCAAGUAGAGGGCCUUCUUGGUAGUGGCACCCGCCCUGUGGAACGCCCUCCCAUCAGAUGUCAAGGAAAUAAACAACUAUCUGACUUUUAGAAGACAUCUGAAGGCAGCCCUGUUUAGGGAAGUUUUUAAUGACUGAUGUUUUACUAUAUUUUUAAUAUUUUGUUGGAAGCCGCCCAGAGUGGCUGGGGACGCCAAGCCAGAUGGGCGGAGUAUAAAUUAUAAAUUAUUAUUAUUAUUAUUAUUAUUAUUAUUAUUCAGGUUUCAUAGGGAGGUCACAUUCUAGAGAACAUAGAAAACUGCUUAUAGAUUUAGAAACUCUACCGAAAUCAUGGCAUCCCUCUGCCCAGAAAAACUUCUCCAAGUAGUGCACAGAACUGAUUUUCAUAUUUGCUUCAUGUGCAUGGGUUGCGUUUAUGGAAACAGGGAUCCCCAAAUGUGCAGGAGCUCCAUGGGAGCCUCUAAGCACAUGUGAAACUUGGGAUUCAUGCACCCCAGUCAUAAUACCAACGAUGAUGGCACAUAACUGUGUUUGGAGGCCUUGGGCAAUUCUGUACUAAAUGCUCCACAUCAAUACUUCGUAUUCAGAAGAAUUGUGGAAUAUUUGCUUAAAAUUAAGGAAUUGCAAAUACUGUUUCAUCCAAAUUAAUAUUUUAAACAAAGUCAGCACCAGUGCUUUUCAUUGUACUCGCUAUAUGCUGAAGAGAUGUGUUUUCUUCUAGGCAACAGUUGCUGCCUUUGCAGCUAGUGAAGGCCAUUCUCACCCUCGAGUGGUAGAACUGCCAAAGACUGAUGAAGGCCUUGGCUUUAAUGUAAUGGGAGGAAAAGAACAAAAUUCUCCUAUUUAUAUUUCUCGCAUAAUUCCUGGAGGAGUAGCUGAGAGGCAUGGAGGACUCAAACGGGGAGACCAGUUACUUUCUGUUAAUGGAGUGGUAUGUGAACAUGUUGAUUAUUAUUUUUUUAUGAACUGUGCUUUUUGAAGGAGCUUCAGCUCCCAUGCUGCAAGUAAGAAGUCGUAGCUGGAAAUACUGUGGGCUGUGUCCAGACAUCACCUUCCAUGGAUGGAAAUGUUCCUUCCAUCCAUGGAAGACUUUUGCCAUUUCCCUCUCCCUACACUGCUUCAAGAGUCACCUAACCCUCAGGAACUGUGGAAGAUGGUCCUAGAGGCUGUAGUGGGAGGAAGAAACAGGCAAAAGCUGUCUCCUAUUGGUCUGUCAUUGGGAGUGUCCCAUGAGUUCCACUGAGGGGAUGCUCCCACAGGUUGGAGUGAAAUCUGGAUACAAACCAUUAUAUGUAGCUCCUGAGUCUUGAUGGGAUCAGUGUGGAAUUGCAAACAUUUGUUGUGUUGUUACAAAAAGCUGCUGUUAUGAUAUGCAAUAUCAGGAAUAGUUUGCAAGUCAAUGAUAAUUAAAAACAAAAACAAAGCAAAACAACAGGCAGUCAUAAUGUGACAUUUCAGAUACAAAAAUUGCAAAGUGGAGAUUUUGUGUAGCCAUAUAUUGAUUUUAGAAGGGGUGUUGGGGUGCAGUAAAUCUGUAGGUGCCAGUUAUCUGAGAACUCAUCCCUGCAGUAGGUGCAUCAAUACAAGCCAACUGCAUAUUUAAUAUAAUUCUUGCAGCAACUGCAAAAAGCUAAAAGACUUGAAGGCUUUAUCAAGCUGCUGGAACUGUGUUUUCUGCCCUGAUCCUGGGUUCUGCUUUCUUGCCUUUUCACUCUCCCUUGGACACUUUCCAGCAGGCAAAGCGUAAGAAGUUCAGGUAUUGCCUUCCAAACCCAAGUCCUUAAUAGAAAGGCAGCUCUUGCAAUAUGUGGUUUUUCACUAUUCUUUCCUUUCGUAAUCAGAGUGUGGAAGGAGAGCAUCACGAAAAAGCUGUGGAGCUCCUGAAGGCCGCUAAGGACAGCGUCAAGCUAGUGGUGCGCUACACUCCCAAAGUGUUGGAUGAGAUGGAGGCUCGCUUUGAGAAGCUAAGGACAGCACGGCGCAGACAACAGCAGCAGUUGCUAAUUCAGCAGCAGCAGCAGAAUGCACAACAAAACCAUAUGUCGUAGGUGAGAGAAUCCGAUGGUCUUGCUUUUAGCCUACCAUUAGAAAAGACUUUUGGCAUGUUGUGAUCCAUAGCCUGCUUGUAGUUUCACAAGCCCUGCUUUAACAAUUUGGGUUUAGGUGCUAAUCCAUAAUUUGCUUUGACAUGCCAUACCCUAAAAUCCUUGCUCAAUGUUGAUUGAUAAUAGAGCAGCAGGUGAUUAUUUCAUAACUUAGAUUUUAUGCAGAAUUCUCAAAUAUAGUUGUUAGGCUCAAGUUCAAAAUUCAGGAAUAUGAACUGAAUCAUAUAGAAAUACCAGAUCAGUCCUAACCCCUGACCUGUGCUGCUGGAGGGAGUUACGAGGCAGUGUCUGGUCAUUGCCCUCUGUUGGCUGGCUUACUGCACCCUCUAAAAAGCACAGCGGUUGAGCAGCUAUCUCCAGCAGUGUUCCCACCGAUAACAUCAAGUGUUGGACCCUGAUGUGGGGUAGAGCAGGCCAGAGCUGGAUCCAUAGCUGCUCCAUCACCUGAACAAGGAAUAGGAUUCCUCUGCAGGACACCUGGUCUCAAUACAGUUGUUGUAUCUGUUGGCUCCAUUGCACAAUUGCAGUUGUAUGGAAACUCUUUACAAUUAAGACCAGUAGCAGGCAGCAUGGUGGGCUUGCAACAUUCACCUGACCUCUGGGUGGUCACAUCACUGCUGCUAACUGAGACAUAGAUGGAGAGGGGCAAGGUUGCAAAUGCAAUGGCAGAACCAAUCCAGUUCUCCCACUGGUGCAUUUGCACUGUGCCAUCCUUGUCCAUCCUGACGCAUUGUCCAUCCCCUUUUACCUUCAGUAAGCAGAGACAGCAUGACCAACUAGAGGUCAUGUGAACAGAGCUGCCCCACCAUUCGCUACAGAGCCAAACACAAAGCAAAAAAGAGCAGACUACACUUAUCAUCUGGCUGCUCGACCAAUUGACUGGCCCUUAGUUGCUAGGGCUACUAAUGGCUGCAUGAUAUUAAUGCUGGGCAAUACCAGUGUAGUGACUCCCUGGCGGCUACGUAUAUGGUAGAUGAAAAAGAGUAAUGAAGGAAAUAGACAGAAGGGACAGAUGUUGGUUAAUUCCUCAAUAUUUCUGUUGUUGUUGUUUAAUUAUAGAUUGUCCUCGAAGAAGAAAUUCUAAACCAAGAAUCCAACAAUUUAGCAGCAAAGCUGUAUUUUGAAUUCCAACAUGCAGUAAAAGAGCAGCAGCAAUGACAAUACAACAGCUGCAUUCACCAGCAAACUGUGAAAGGCUGCCAUAAGAAUUGCUUGGCAGGUCAAUAACAUAGUGAAAUCCUUCCAAAAAAGGUUUUUUGGUGUACUGAAGUCCUAGGAUGAAAGGUUUCUUUGACUCCUGUUCCGUGUGGUAAGGCUUUUUAAAAAAGAAAAAGAACACUCUGUAAAAUUGAGAGUUUUGGUAGUGAAUGAAUGAAUGAAUGAAUGAAUGUGUCUAUGGUCCAACCCUGCUUGCUUUACAGUGAUACUUCAGUGGGAAUUUAUCAGAUGGAUGCAAGAUGGGGCCACUGCUGAGAGUAACAGCUGUCCAGUAUUUCUGGCCCUAUCUAGCCUAAGCCAUGCUUUUAAAAGGAUCAGAACUAGUUGAUUUUAAAAGGAUCAGAACUAGCUGAUUCAGAAUGUAGAUGGAAAAGUGCUCUAGACUGCACACUGAAAGCAAUGUGCUGACAUUUGGGUGCUGACAAUUGAAUGCCACCCCUUUUGUGUCCACGCUUCCUAAGCCAGUAAGUGAUACUUGUGAGGAAGACCACCUUUUAAAUGUACAAAUCUCCCUAUCUGGAUUGAGGCUUGUGGCCCCAAGACGUUACAAAUUCAGGGAGAGAUGGCAUCAGUUAUAAAAUGUUACCACUUACAAAAGCCCUUCUUGCAUCUUGCAGAACAUCUUCACUUCACAAUCUUGUACAGGUACUUUGAUCUGAAAUCCAGUUUGUAAUCUAGUUCUCUACUUUUUUUCCUUCCUGGGAGUUAUUACAAUAUUUAUACUGUGGCUGCAGAGUUGAGUUGAUUAAUCAAUGGAUCUGAAUCAAAAUAUUGCUACUUGAUGAAAGAGAUGCUCCUGAUUAAUAUUUGUUUUGUUUUUGAUGGUUAAUUAUUAUUUUUAAUGCAAGUGGUUAUAAAUCCAUGGGGGGCAAUUUCCUCCUCCACCUCAUAGGAAGUAAUGGUGCUUCUGAGAUCAUGCUUGCUCCACCACAUGCUUGCAUCGUCUAAAAACAAUGGAGGAAUUUUUCUUCUUCAAAACUAUAGUUUUGUACUCAUUUGGAACUAUGUAGCCUUAACAGUACAAUGCUGUACGUGUCUACUAAGAGUAAGCUCACUGAGUUCUAUGCAGCUUACUCCUAGGUACCUUGGAGUAGCAGCUUACUCCACCACGUACCUUGGAAUAAGCCCCAUUGAAUUCAGUGGGACUUCUUUCUGAGUAGACAUGUGUACUGUUGCACUUCAUAGCCUAUACAGAAUAAAUAAUAAUAAUAAUAAUAAACAAUUUGGGCAGAUUUUUAUCAGUGGAUUAAUCAACUAAACUUUAUUUUAAUCAAACAGCAGCCCUAAUUUAUACAGAAUUUUAUUUGUAAAAGCAUUUUUACUCUUGGUGUAUUCAUAAAUUCUGUUCAGCAGGUUUAAUUCUGUCUUCUGUAAGUAGUAAGACUAGAGGACCCUUGAACUGUAUUUUUAAAUAUAGAUAUUGCUAGUAUUAUAGCUAUAAUUAUUCAGAAAUCUAUAAUGUUUACAGUAUAUUUAUAAGAUAUAUAUGAUAUGAUAUAAUAAAUAAAUCUAUAUCUAUAGAUAUAUAUCCCCAACAUAUAUAUAUUGUCAGAAUGUAUGUGUUCCAGAGGUAGGAUCUGUACUUAUUAUAUAUUACAAAUGUUUUAAGAUAAUGUUAAUGAGACAAAAAAUUCUUUUGGGGGGAAAAAUAGAUAAAACAGGGUAUCAGUAUUUUCUCUAUUUUUCAGAUAUAUUCUUUAUUUUGUUUAUGUUUUUGGAUUUAAUACACCCAAAUACUUAGUCAAGAAAGCUGGCGUAGCCAAGUGGCUGAGAAACUGAGCUACAAAUCUCAUGUUUUGCCACAAACUCACUAGGUGGCCUUAGGCAACUCUCUCUCCCUUUCAGUCUCAGUCGACCCCCUACUUUAUGGGGGAUAACAAUGCUGACUUACCUUACAGGGUUGUUGUAAGCAUUACAACUAGAUAAGUUAGCACACACGAAGCACAAUGGACACUUGAAAGUGCUAUACAAACCUUGAGCAUUAUUAUUAUCCCAUAGUGGGAAGGCAGGCUUCCCCAAAGAGGCACAAAGGAUUGCUAAAAUAAUAUUAGGAUUUCUUUGACUUGUUCAACAUAGGUCUGAUCUACACAUGCAGUAAAAACGAGGUUGGUUAUCCAGGUGAGAACAGUAAGGGGCUUUAACCCUUUGCCUCAUCUGCAAGUCCCAGUUGGAAUUGGAACCCAGUGCCUGCUAUUUGCAUUGGAAGAGAAUAUUCCGUUGGCACCAAAGAGCCCCGUCGCCCCAUGCCAAGGUUCCCAUCCACGCCUGCCACUUUUACAAAGCCAUUCACAAAAUUGCUCGUUAUGUGAUUGGUGUCUCUUCUAGGUUGGCCCCUCAGCAGGGUUGGUCCUACUAAUGGGCAGAGUGAGGUGGCUGCCUUAGGCAACAUAUGUCAGGAAUGGUGGCAAAUUGAUAAGGGACAGAGGUAUACUGCCAUGAGGACUGCCCUGCCCCACCCCCGCACUGCCCUCUGGUGUGGUGGAGGCUCCUGUCCUGUCACUAGCGUUGAAGUUAAUUCAUCAACCAGUUCAACUGGCUUCUGUCUGUGCUGUAGGGAGAGGUGCCACCUGGUCCUUCACCUCACACAACAAAAUGUUUGGGGACAUUCCUGGCUUUCGAACUGCUUGUGAUGCAUCAUAUUUUUGAAUGCUCCCCUGCAAUUCCCUUCAUUUGGGUUCCAGCACAGCAGACUUCAUUAUUAACAUACUAGAUUAUUAUUUUUACUUGCAGUGAGUCUCUCCCCCCCCCCUUCUUUUUCUUCUUUGGAGUAGCAUUCAAAAUAAGAUCUUCUGAGUUAUACAGUCCAUUCUACCAGCUCAGAAUUUAACCACUCCAUUCUACUACAUGUGCAGCCCAGUCUAUUGCUACUGAUGGUUAGGAAAGGAUAUUACAUCCUCAUGCCUUAGCCAUGAACUCAGCCCAUCUUCAUCUUUUUCAAUGAACCCUAACCCCCACAGGUCUCAUGCAGGGCUCUUUCUCAACCUGGAUACAAAAUACCGUAUUUUUCGCUCUAUAAGACGCACCAGACUAUAAGAUGCACCUAGUUUUUGGAGGAGGAAAACAAGAAAAAAAAUAUUCUGAAUUUCAGAAGCCAGAACAGCAAGAGGGAUUGCUGUGCAGUGGAAGCAGCAAUCCCUCUUGCUGUUCUGGCUUCUGGGAUAGCUGCACAGCCUGCAUUCGCUCCAUAAGACGCACACACAUUUCCCCUUAUUUUUUAGGAGGGAAAAAGUGAGUCUUAUAGAGCAAAAAAUACGGUAGUCUUUAACCAGAAACAUCAAGGAUUUAUGGGACCUUACACAUGCGAAGCAAGUACUCAACCACUGAUUUCAAAUGCUGGCAUCGUAACAAACCAAUCUCAGACCCAAGAAUAUAAAAAGACGUGCCGACACCUGCUGUCAUCAGGAUAAUUCAUAAUGUGUGCAAUUCAUGUGAAUUAGUUGCAAGUAAUCAAAUUAAAACGUCAGUUAAAAUUUACAUGCAGUUUCAGAACCAUUUGAAUAAUAGUCAUGUUGAAAGGUUGCUAAGGAUGUCGUUUUCCUUGGGAAUAAUUUAUAGAAGUCGAUCCUAGAAUUUUCAUGGCUAUGAAAAACAUCCUUAAAGAAGAACAGCCGUAGGAAUUAGCCAGAGCUUAGAUGGGUUUCGAUGAACACACAUAAACUUUCCUCUUUGUAAGAAGUCGGGUGGUGCUUUGUGCAAAGAUUUUUGAAAAUAAUUUGAGAAAAGUACUUCUAAGGCCAAAUUAAAGUUACGGCCAUAGCUCUUUGACACAGAACACAUGAGAUUUAGGAUCAUGGCUUUAGAAAAUAUGAGAUAAAACAUAAUUGUGUGGAAUUGUGUUUUUAGUAUUGUUUCAGUGAUGUCUGGAACCAGGACAGUGCAACUACAUUAGCCCUGUGCCAUCCAACUUUAAACGUGGAAUUUUAUAUUUGGGUUUUAGUUUGUUGUGUUUACCAAAUGUGAUGUGUGUUAAGAAAUAUCUAGCUUCUUAAAAAUGAUAUUGCUUAAGGGUUUAUGUCAGAAUUGAGUGUACAGAAGCUGUUUUCACCUUCCACACCUUCUGUAUUAUGUUAAUACAAACCUCAGUUAUAGCCAACCCUGUAAAAUGUUGUUAUAUAUUUAGCAUACGUUGUUGUCAAACUCCACCAGAAAAAUAAAGAUUUUGAUAAAAUGGCAGUGCAUAAGGAUAUAUUGCAUAAGUAGAUUGUCACUCAUAUUUCAAUAGUGAAUAUCAACACAAUUUUGAUCUUAUGGUUUAAUAAAUUAUUUACACAGAAUGUUUGUUUCCUGUUCCAGUUUACUAUUAAUGUGACAUGCAGAGGUAUUUAGACUGUGGCUGCAGAGCCACGUGCUGCAUAGGAAAGUUUUUAAACAGUGAAUGUCGAAAUAGAAUCCACUGGUAUGCCUCUUUACAAGGAGAGUUGUAUGAAUCUGCAGUUCAUGUUGGUGCAAUGUGAACAAUGUAUUAGAUUGCACAGUGCUUGGUCUCAUGCAUUGAGGAGCAUAUGUCCCACAUCUGGAUGUUCUAAGAGAAGAGUGCCAGGCUCACUGGGUUACCAUAGCAACACCAGUAAGGUCAAGGGCAUGACUUGCUGAGUCAUUCACCCUUCGCAGGAAUGUAGAGAUGGUUAUACUAUUCCUGUUUGCUGCUAUGGUCUGACUGAGAGAAUUGGGUAGGUUUUACACAGCGGCAUUAGCUAGCAUGGUGAUAGCGCUAGCCGAUCACUCUGUACAUUUGUAUCUCUACUUCAAAGACCAGAAUAACUGUAUAUAGUAGAUAGUAGUGUUUAGCUUUGUCUUGUAUCUGGAGACAAUAAACACUUUGUUACUUUGAA